GGAGAAGACUCGGAGUGUCACUUUUGGGAGUCGUGAGACGGGCUAAGCGUUAAAACUGUGGCUUUGAGGACCGCUUCACCCGAUAAACCGACCCGGUCCGUGGAAAGCUACUGAAUCGAUCCCAACUACUGAGCGACACAGUAAACAGUAAAUGGUCUUUUUCCUGAAAACUGGAGCAGCGACCGGACGGCUCGGAAGAGUGGGAUAAUUGAUCAGGACCUGCUGACUGCUUUGCUUUGGUCACUGUGAUGGAAAACCGGGAUGAUGAGGUUGACCUGCAGUGCACCCCGACGGAGAGCGAGGGAGGGAAUUCUGGGGAGGGAACUCCUCCAGCCAAGCGCAAAGGCAAAUUCUCAAGCCUGGGUAAGAUCUUCAAGCCCUGGAAAUGGAGAAAGAAGAAGCCAAGUGAGAAGUUUGCUGAAACAUCUAUUGCUUUAGAAAGAAAGAUCUCUGUUAGGAAAACCAGGCAAGAGCUGAUUGACAGAGGGGUGCUUAAAGAACUCCCUGAGAAUGAGACCAACGAUGCGAACCACUCCAGAGCUCUGCCCUUGAAAAAUGGGCAUCCAGUAUUCACGGACGCUGACAAAGGGCCAGAAUCAAAGACACAGGUCACCCGGGGGGACUCUGACAUCAGAUUUAAUCCCACUUGGCGCCCCCAGGGAGAGGACCACAGGGGUAGUAUUCCCUCUGACACGGAACGUCGGAGCAGGAUACCGUCUGACAUCUCCCGCAGCAACCGGGCACCCCUGGAUGUGGACUCUCAUGCCCGUCUCGCCGUGGAGGCAGAUAGGCGCAGCCGUCUGCCAUCAGAUGUGGACAGGAAAGUAAGCUCUCUAACCAGAGGAUCUGCCCAAGAGGAGGGUAGGCACCGCCGAGAUGAGAGGAGGGAGCAGCACAAUGACAGGGAGGACAGAGGGAGAAGGGAUGACCGAGAGGCCAUAGAAAGAAGGGAACGGCGAGAGGACAGGGAAAGAGAGAGGGCAGGAGCAGAACGGAAAGAGGAGAGAGAAAGGCAAGAACGGAGAGAUGAUAGGACAGACAGAGAAGAUAGGGAAAAGAGAGAACGUGACGAUAGAGGGGGGAGAGAUGAAAGAGGGGGAAGAGAUGACAGAGAGAAGAGAGAUGAUAGAGAGAGGAGAGACGACAGAGGGGGGAGAGAGGACAGAGAAAGAAGAGAAAAUCGAGGAGAGAAAGAUGAUAAACGAGAAGAAAGGGACAGGGUAGACAGAGAGAGAAAAGAGAAUAGAGAUGACAGAAGAGAUGAUAGAGAGAGAGAGGAUAAAGAAAGGAGGGAUGGAAGAGGCGAGAGAGAUGAGAAGAGAGAGGAGCGGGAGAGAAGAGAGGAGCGGGACAGGAAAGAGGACAGAGGUGAGAAGAAAGAGGAGCGGGACAGACGGGAUGAGCGGGACAGGAGAAAUGAGAGAAAUCGACGAGAGGAACGCCAGAGAAGGGAGGAGGAGCGGCAAGAGAAACCAGACUGGCAGCGCUCUGUGGACGACCCACGACUGCCAGUCAGGCCUGUUUCAGAGAUGGACCUGAGGCACAGUCUACAGAAGAGUUCCUCGGAGGACCAUAGAAGGACACGCCCAGUCUCGGAGGCUGACCGCAGGAGCACCCUGCCCAGGUACACCCCAGUGGAGGAGUUCAGAGGACGCGCAGAGUCCACCGGUGUCCGCUUUGCCUCUGACCUCAGUCGUGACCCUGAAGCAACACAAGACUCUCUGAGGGAGCCUCCACCCACCAGACAGGCUCUGCUUCCUCCCAAGUGGCAGACAGCCCCUUCCUCUGAGCCUAGAGGGACUUCAACCCCCUCCUCCUCCUCCUCUUCUUCUUCCUCCACAUCUUCCGCUGCCAUAGCAGUGGCCAAACCCCCCAGGACAGUCUCCCUAAUCAGUGACGACCCUCCACGCUCCAUCCCUGCUGCUCCCUCCUCGCCUGACUCAGACACGCCACCCCCCAUCCCCCCCCACGCCAGGCAGCCUCCUGUCCCGCCACCAAAACCCAGCAGCCGCAACAGCAACCUGCUUGCUUCUACUGUGAACAGAGGCUCUAAGGUCAGGCUCCCUGGUUACGGAACCCGCUGGCAACAGCAGGGUGAGCUAGGCCCCUACUCCUCCCUCCCUGUCUACAUGCGCCACAGAGCUGACCAGACCUGCUCAGCAGACCUCUCUCAUCCAGGCAGUGGCAUCAUUGUGGUGCCAGCACCCACUAAGCGCUCUCCGCCAACCCCACCCAAAAGGAUGACCCCAGUCACUAAAAGGCAUUCCGUGGAGACAUCACCCAACCAGGCACCAGAGUCUCCCACCUCUGACCCCACUUCGGUCACUGCCCCAUCCGCCUCUGCCGCCCCAACAGCUGAGGCUGUCAAAGACAACACAGUGGUAGCAGCCAACCAACCCUCCUCUGAGCCUCUACCCCCACCCCCCUCACACAUUCCCUCAUCCCCUCCCGUGGUUCAGUCACUCCCUCUGCCCAACCCCUCCUCUAGCCCCCCACCUGUCGUGAAAAGUGAUCCUCCCAGUCCAACCACUGAGCCCCCCAGCCAUCCUCCAGCCAUUCCUCUGCACAUCCUCAUCCAGAGAGCGCUUGCCAGCCCUGGUCCAGCCCAUCCCAAACCAGAUGGUUCCCAGAGGGCCCACUCUCUCCUGUUUGAGUCCCCACCAGAAAUCCUCGCUGAGGCAGUGGGAGGGACACGAUACUCACUCCCAAUCACCAUCGAACCCCUCAGACUGCCUGAAGAUGAUGAUUUUGACAUGGAAGAGGAGCUAAGGAAGCUGCACCCCCAGCCAAGGUUCCCCUGCCAGCCUGAGCUGGAGCCCCGCAGCCGCAGGGGUAUGGUGGGAGAACCCAGAGUCAGUGUCAUCCCUGAAGGCGGGGGACCAGGGGAAAGCGAGGAGGAGACAGACUCUGAUGGCCCCAUCCUGUACAGAGAUGACGAUGAAGACGAGGAUGAGGAGGGCCCUCCAAGUGGCCUGGCUAGCCGUGUGAAGAGAAAGGACACGUUGGCCCUGAAGCUUGAGCGACAGGAGCGAGAGGAGCGAGAAGAUCAGGAGAAGCAAGAUGUCAUGAGCUGGCAGAACAAGGAACAGUGGUUGGAACUGAGGACUAAGAUCGGCACCACACUCACACGACGGUUGAGCCAGAGACCUACAGCAGAAGAGCUGGAGCAGAGGAACAUCCUACAAGCCAAAAACGAAGCCGAUCGGCGGUUAGAGAGGUCCGAGAUCAAACGGAGACUCACGAGAAAGUUGUCUCAAAGGCCCACGGUGGCCGAGCUUCAAGCCCGCAAGAUCCUGCGUUUCCACGAGUAUGUAGAGUCUACCCACGCUCAUGACUACGACCGCCGGGCAGACAAGCCCUGGACCAAGCUCACACCCGCUGACAAGGCGGCUAUCCGCAAGGAACUCAACGAGUUCAAGAGUUCAGAGAUGGAGGUGCACGAAGACAGCAGGAUCUAUACCCGGUUCCACCGACCAUAGCUGUCCAUGAAGCGAAAGCCCAGCUCUCAGACGGGGGAGUGUGGAGUUUUGUCUGCAGUAAGGAGGGAUAUGCUUCCUCCCCACUUCAGUGUGAGAACAUGACUGUUCCUCUCUCCACUGGCAUCAUGCUACACACUGAAGACUAUAGGCUGAACAUUAGGCCCAGUCGUCCCAACUACUGACUGCCUGCUGCUCCACUACGGCGUAGGGCAAAUCGAACUGACGACUGCCUCUGGAACCAAAUUAGAAGAUGCCACAAAAUGGUCUAAACACUGCUGUUUCUCAGAAAUGCUGAGAUAAGGACUACCGACCAGGGAGUAGAGAGAGAGAGGGUUAGUAGAUGGUGUAACACUGUAAGUUCACCUCAUCAUGUCGGAGGUGCCCUGUGCCAAUACUAAGAGGUGAGAAGGGGAGUCCAUGCCACGCUCCACUGAAAAUACUGCCGGCGUGACGAAACGGGAGGGGGAAUGGCGAAGAACGUUGUGAAAGGGGCAAAAUUCUAAACAGGCUGAGCUUGGCAGCUCGUACACUACCUUCUCCAUCUCCUGUCUGUCUUGUUUGUGCCCUUCCAGGGGAAACCAUGCCUGCUAAGCCGUUACCUGCCUUCACUUGCAAAAGAAUUUAUUUUUUUAACUUGAGAUCAGGAAGAUCAUACACGGAGAUGCAUAGUAGUAGUUAAAUACGAAAUCUGAUUUAGACCAUAUUAUUAUUAGUAUUAUCAUUAUUCCUAUUUUAUCUCAUCCUGUCCAUAUAUAAUUGUAUGGUACUGCAAAUAUAUAUAUAUAUAAUAUACAGUCGAGGGUGCCAGCCAGCUGGUGCCAGCCUUACUUGGUAAUGUGAUGUAAUAGCUUCAGUGGUUUUAGGUUAGGUUUCUGCAGCGGCGCGGUACCGAUGUAAUGUGAGAGAACCUUUGCUUACGGUACGGUGUGUGUUUUUGAACACUGCGCCCUCAAAACGCAGACGCAGCUUCUCAGCAAUCGACUGUCCAGGUUUUUUCCACUGAAAUCAAGAGUAUCGAUUUGCACCCCACAUACCCCAACCUGUGCAUUUUACUGUAUAUUUGAUGAAUAUGUAAAUUAUAUUCUUAGAGCACGUCAUUCGUGGAUUAGACUGUAAUGAGGCACCUUACGUUUCGGGGGUAUAGAAAACUUGAGUACGAGUUUGGAUUCGACUUUAUAAAAAGCAACCGAGAAAUCGUGCAACUUAUUUAAUACAAUUCAGUGGUUGUGGCAGGAAAGUGCACGUUUGUGUUCUGCUGACUGUUUUAAGGUAAUUUUGUAUAUUGAGGUCGAUAGUUGGCUUCAACUGUAUUGCUGAAUUAUGUAGAUUUGAAUGACUCUUGUACAUCUCCUAAUGCUGACAGAAUAUUUUAAUUGUAAUUAAAGUAUUUCAUAAUGCCAUUUUCUAAGUAGUUAUACCUGAUAUUAAUGCAAGAGGGGGGUUUUUGUGUUUGUUUGUUUUUUAACGAUACUGAGCUCUUUAAAACUCAACUCGUCGCAGACCACUGUGCAAAUGAAUAAUGGACUCCGAU